AUGGGUUUCAUGCUCAAGCCCCCGCCAGACACAGCUGGUAAGGCAUGGCCUGCCAUUGUAAUUGGUCUCUUCGUCGCCUUUGGUGGUGUCCUCUUCGGAUAUGACACAGGUACCAUUUCUGGCAUUAUUGCCAUGGACUAUUGGAAGAAAGAAUUCUCCACCGAACCAGAUCUCAGUAUCACAGCAGCUCAGGACUCUCUGAUCGUCUCCAUUCUCUCAGCUGGUACCUUCUUCGGUGCUUUGACGGCUGCGCCAUUUGGUGAUCUACUUGGUCGCCGCCUCGGUUUGAUGGUUUCUGCCGGUGUCGUCUUCAACCUCGGUGUCAUUCUGCAGACGGCCGCGACAGCGCAACCAUUGUUCAUUGCCGGUCGUUUCUUCGCCGGUUAUGGCGUUGGUCUUAUCUCAGCUUUGAUUCCCAUGUACCAGAGUGAGACCGCGCCAAAAUGGAUUCGCGGAACGAUCGUAGGAGCUUACCAGCUUGCCAUCACGAUUGGAUUGCUGCUUGCGGCUAUUGUAAACAAUUCGACUAAGGACCGCAAUGACUCUGGAUCUUACCGUAUUCCAAUCGCGGUGCAAUUCCUAUGGUCUAUCGUUCUUGUCGGCGGACUUUUCUUCCUGCCAGAGACACCGAGAUAUCUCAUCAAGAUGGACCGAUACGAGAAGGCUGCCGACAGUCUCGGCAAGCUACGCCGUCUUCCGGUCGAUCACCCAGCUAUCGUUGAGGAACUGAACGAGGUCCAGGCCAACCAUCUUUACGAGAUGUCGUUGGGAAAGUCUACAUACGCCGACUGCUUCAAGGGAACGCUGGGCAAGCGUCUCGUGACUGGAUGCCUACUGCAGUCGCUGCAACAGCUUACUGGUGUAAACUUCAUCUUCUAUUACGGUACCCAAUACUUCCAGAACGCCGGUUUCCAAGACCCCUUCAUCAUCCAGGUCAUCACCAACUGCGUCAACGUCGCAUCCACAUUCCCGGGUCUCUACAUGGUUGAACGACUCGGUCGACGCAACCUUCUUCUCCUCGGAGCGAUAGGCAUGUGCGUGUGUCAGUAUAUCGUCGCGAUCACAGGAACGGUAGCCGGCACAUCCGAUCUCGCAGCUCAACGUGCCGCCAUCGCUUUCGUGUGCAUCUACAUCUUCUUCUUCGCCAGCUCCUGGGGUCCAGUCGCUUGGGUUGUGACCGGCGAGCUGUACCCGUUGAAGGCACGCGCCAAAUGUCUUUCCAUGACCACAGCAUCCAACUGGUUGCUCAACUGGGCAAUUGCCUACUCAACCCCGUACAUGGUCGACGAAGACCACGCAAACCUGGCAUCUAAGGUCUUCUUCGUGUGGGGUUCAUUCUGUUUCGUCUGUAUCGCCUUUGUCUGGUUCAUGAUCUACGAGACCAAGGGCCUCAGUCUCGAACAAGUCGACGAACUCUACGGCAUCGUCAGCAAAGCGUGGAAGUCGCAGGAAUUCCGUCCUGCUGUCCAGUUCGCCGAAAUCGAUCCCAAGGGUGGACACGACAUAAAUCUGGGCGAGGUGGCGCAGAACCAGGAGAGGAAGAGGAGUGUGCAGCACGAUGAGGCUGUCGCAGUGCCCAAGAUUGAGACUUAG